AACCUUGGGACUGAAGUUUUCUCCCCCUGCCCAAAGUCUCCGGUUCGAUCGACGAGAGAGAGAGAGAGAGAGAGAGAUGGGGCUGCAAUGGAUGGUGUUGACGUGUGUGGUGGCUGUGGAGACGGCGAUCGUCGUUCUGCUGACACUGCCAUGGCCACGGCAGCUCAAGUCAAGCAUCGUCGCCCUCGUCUCCAUGAUCAUUCAACCUGCUGUUUCCAUCCUCCCUUUCGCCGGUUUCCACCUCCUAGAUAUACACUGGAAGAACGAGCAUCGGCAGAUGUGCAGCGCUGAAGUGUGCACUCCCGAGGAACUGUUCCACUACGAGAAAUCAGUAUUCAAAGCUCAGAGGAAUGUUAUUCUGUGUGUAUUAUCCUGUCUUCUUUAUUGGUGCAUAUGUUGUGUUUGCAAAUACCAACAAGAGGUUAGAGGAUUGGAGGAAGCUGAAAAACGUCUCAAGAAUCAGUAAUCAGUGGCUGCGGCCUUGGUUUUAUUACUCUGUGUUAAGGUGGGACGGCUUUGACAUCAUGAGAUUGAUUGGAAGAUGCAUUUAUGCGAACUUUUUUGCUUGUUCUUCUCCUUAAAUCACUUGCAAACUGGGUAUCAUUGUGGAGGGCCUCUUCGUAUUUUUUAUUUACCAUGCUUUUAAAUUCUGAGUGAUGGAAAGUAACUCUGGCUUUUGUUUCUCAGUUUUUUUGCAAGUGAUUGCUUCACCCAUGUGAUCAGUGUAUGCUAAAUGUGAAGAGAGUAUAAAUCUUCUUUAGAGCAUUAUUUGAUUUUUUGUUUUUUGGAGAAGUAUGUGAUGGUGAAUUUGGU